AUGUCAUCAUCCAAAGCACCGCCCAUCCCCGAAGAAAAGUGGGUUCAAAAUGAGCUAUACAUCAGACAUUUCUUGGUUGCAAAAGGCAUGAAAGUUGAAGAAGUGGUGGCCGAGCUCGACCGCCGCAACUUUCGAGUAACAAAAGCACAACUUGAGCACAGAAUCAAUAGAUUGCAAAUAGGCAAGGCCAUUAGGUCAGAUGUCCGGCACCAUGUAGACCUCAAGAUCGCCAAGCGUCUGCGCGAGAACAAAAAGAGCCGGGUCAUCCAUCGCGGGAAGACUUCAGAGUUGUCACAAGUCAAAGAAUACACAGCCCGCAAUCGAACGGUUACAUACCCAGCGUCUCCCAACUCAGCCUUGCUAUCCAGUGCUCAAGUGGUUGUUUGCACGCCCCCAGUCCUCCCACACGAGCCUGCGUGGCCACGUAACUUACCGUGGCUGAGAUUCUACGAUGAGGCAUUCAUUCCAUUGGCCUCGCAUGCACUACGAGCUAUAGAACUCAACCCGAGUACUGCUAGUGGGCGGAGAGCAUUGGCCCCCGAAUCAAUCGUGACGAACCAUCAAAGCAUGCUGCGACUACACCCAACGAGUCCAAAGCUUCAGCUAUCACAACUAGAAACGGUAAUCGGAACGUCGAUGCCCGAGUACUACCCUGGCGAAAACUGGAGUCGAGCUCAGAGUCUUCUGAAAGGAUCAGAUAAGGAAGUGCUUCAGGCAUCCUUGUCUAUCGUGCUGUACAAUCUUUCCAACAAUCUCUCCAACCACUCUGAUGACGCUUGGGAGGGAAAUGUCCAAAUUUUACAUGACUCUGGUCUCAUGAGCCUUCCUCUCACAGCUAGCCUUCGUGACACCACCAUGAACGGAAUCAUUCGAAGCCUUUUCCACGCCGCUCUUUGGCGGCUUUGUGAUCGAGUGCAAAACAGAAGCGAAGCUUUGGCUGUACUCCGUUGGACUCUAUCAGCUGGUCGAAUUCCAACCUCUCUUGUCUUCAUGCCACAGCAAAAAGCUUAUGGCACUGUUACACCCCUCCAAGUCGCUUCACAUUGCGGCGAUUACGAAUUAAUGGAGCUUCUCCUACACUCGGGCGCUGACCCUAAUUUGGCAUCGGAUGACGAACCUCGUUCGCCACUGGAACUCGUGCUGUCCCUUCGUCACUCUGCCUCUGCACGUCUGAGUAUAGUUCAUGCGUUGUUGAGGCACGGUGCUGCUACAUGUCUAGAUGAGGCAUUGCGACUGGCUGUAAAAAGCCAGGACAUGGAAAUUGCGAAGGUGAUAUUACAGGGAGGACCUGAUAUCCUCGAUGUUCCUGAAGAACCGGUCCUGGUCGUACUAUUGAAGAAAAUAGUCUCCGAAGCCGCUGAUCAUGAAGACGCAAAGCGACUGGGGUUCGUCAUGGACCUUGUUUCACAUCUCUGUCCAACUAGACCUAGGAAGGACUUUGUAACGGUGGAAAUGUUUAAUGCUGCUGCCGCCAUGGGUUGCAGCGACAACGUCCUUCUUCUACAUGGUAUGUUGACUGGGGAAAUGCCGAUGGAAAAGUCGGGCUUUACACCCCUCCACGCAGCCGCAAAGGGAGGACACGAAAAUACUUGCGCACUUCUUUUAAAGCUCUACGGUUCCGAUAUUCUGAAUUCUUGCAGCUAUCCUCCUCUGCAUGUUGCAAGCUCUUAUGGGCAUCAAUCUAUUGUACAACUUUUCAUUGGAAAAGGCGCCAAUGUCAAUGCUGUUUCAGUUGCUGAUGGUUCGCCUCAGGACCAGGAUCCAAUUGGCCGCUGUGGUGUCGAUAUCACGGAUCACGAGACUUUAAAACCGCUCUCAGCGUUAGAAAUUGUUCGAGAGAAUCUGAGAUCUACCACCACGACUGGCGGGUACCCUCUCUGUGCAGCCGCGUUGAUUCAAGCGGGUGCUAGGGUAACAUCCGGCGACGUCGUCCUCGCAAUCACAAACCAAUCUCCACAAAUGCUUUCCGCUGUCUUAGAUUUCGGUGGCGACCCGAAUGAGAUGUCAGAGGAGGGUCUAACUGCUCUACAAUUGUCACUCAGACCUACAAUCCUAUUAUAUCACUCUAACCACCACACUGCUGAGGCUGCGCGUUUACUCCUGUAUAUGGGCGCCUCAGUGAUAGGCGGAGAAGCUAAUUCAGCGGCGGUUCUUGGAGACUGGACCCUCGUUGAUCGACUCCUGCCCAAGGAUGGACUUCUUCCAGACUCCAACGAUGGUUCCGUGACGGCCCUCGAGGCAGCAAUAACAUGCCUCUUUGAUAGGAAUUGUCUGGCCAAAGCUCUGCAACUGCAACCCUGCGUAUAUAGCCCAGCGUGCCUGUGUGCUGCAAUUGGAAAGGAGCCUGGUUGGGUGAUUGAUCAUCUCCUUGGAAUUCGUGGCACGCGGAAUCGGCCAGAUUGUCUCGAAGGGACUGCCAUCAGCUUAGCUGUGAUCUGUCAAGAUAUGGCAUUAUUGCGAAAGCUUCUCGCUGCACUGGUGCCACAGCCAGUCGCCGCGACAAUGCCAUCCGUCCUGAGUCACUGGGUCAUACGAAUUGGCUCUUGGUGGCGUUCCGAAUUGCAUUGUGGUCAAGUCAGUCCUCUGGCUGUGGCUUCUUAUUGUGGAGCUACGGAUGCAUUUCAAGAGCUUUUGCAUCAGGGGUUUCUUGCCGAUCAAGUGACGUGGUCUCUAAUCGGAUCAAAAGGAAACCUUCUCAUGGCUCAGGCGCUUGUCGACAACAACCAGCGUCUAAAGCUUGUGGGCUCGAAUUCCAGCGAAAGCCUUACCGACCCUUUGAUAUGCCGAGAUCCUUUGCCAGGAUUCUAUUCCUUCGGAAACGAUGAGGCAUUGAUCUAUUCCCAUGAUAUGAUGGGCCCAAGCUGUUCGAUGAGCUCGGAUCCUUUGAUCGGCUCAAUCAGGAGUCGAAACAAAGAACUAGUCCUACUGAUUCUGGAAAGUUAUCCUAACAUCAAUACUAGCUAUUGGGUCUUGGAAGCGAAGUCUGGCUUCACACCGUUACAGGCAGCGGUUGAUGCAGGAGACCCCGAUCUGAUGGAGCUCUUUUUGAGUCGGGGGGCCGAUGUUAACAUGCCACCGGCUAUUAGUAAUGGCGCGACAGCGCUACAGUUUGCUGCUAUAAGAGGUCACCUAGGCAUAGCCAAUCGCUUAAUCGAUCUUGCGGCAGAUCCAAAUGCUCCUGCUGCGCCGAUCAAUGGCAGAACAGCAUUGGAAGGAGCAGCGGAGAACGGAAGGUUGGACAUGCUGCAGCUUCUGUUGGAGCGAGGAACUCUUACUAAAGGUGACGGACGAUACCAAUACAUCAAAGCUAUCAAGCUGGCAAUCAGGCAGGGGCAUUGUGCAGCAGAAAGAUUGCUGCGGGGACAUCGAAACUGGGAAGAGGAAGACUUUUUUCUUUUUGAACAAGAGGAAAGGUUUGAUACACAAGAGUAA